AUGAGGGGCCUUAGUGAGGUGGUCCAGCUCAUCAGAGUGGAGGUCUGUGUCUUGCUGCCCCAGGUCUCCACCUCUGUCUUCGUGCUGCUUUUGGUGUUGCCACUGGGUCCAUCGUGGCAGGUGGCUGCCCAGCAAUGCCCACAGACCUGUGUCUGUGACAACUCCAGGCGGCAUGUUACCUGCCGGCACCAGAACCUCACUGAGGUGCCGAACACCAUCCCAGAGCUGACCCAGAGGCUGGACCUCCAGGGCAAUAUGCUGAAGGUCGUCCCUCCAGCUGCCUUCCAGGACCUGCCUUACCUCACACAUCUGGACCUGCAGCACUGCCAGGUGGAGCUAGUGGCCGAAGGUGCCUUUCGAGGCCUGGGCCGCCUACUCCUCCUCAACCUGGCUUCCAACCGCCUGAGCAUGCUGCCCCAGGAGGCUCUGGACGGGCUAGGCUCACUGAGGCGGCUGGAGCUGGGUGGGAACAUGCUGGAGGAGCUGCGGCCCGGGACCUUCGGUGCCCUUGGCUCGCUGGUCACACUCAACUUGGCCAACAACGCCUUAGUCUACCUGCCCUCCAUGGCCUUCCAGGGGCUACUGCGCACUCGCUGGCUGCAACUGUCUCAUAACGCGCUCAGUGUGCUGGCCCCCGAGGCCCUGGCGGGCCUACCAGCCCUGCGCCGCCUUAGUCUGCAUCACAACGAGCUGCAGGCCCUGCCCGGGGCUGCCCUGUCCCAGGCCCGCAGCUUGGCUCUACUAGAGCUGGGCCACAACCCGCUCACCUACACGGGCGAGGAGGACGGCCUGGCGCUGCCCAGGCUGCGGGAGCUGGCCUUGGACCAUGGGUCCCUGCAGGCGCUGGGUCCCCGGGCCUUCGCCCACUGCCCGCGCCUGCACACCCUCGACCUCCGCGGGAACCAGCUGAGCACCCUGCCCCCGCUGCAGGGCCCGGGCCAGCUGCGUCGCCUGCGGCUGCAGGGCAACCCGCUGUGGUGCGGCUGCCUCGCUCGGCCUUUGCUCGAAUGGCUGGUGCGUGCUCGCGUACGCUCGGACGGCGCGUGCCGGGGGCCGCGGAGGCUACGAGGUGAGGCCCUGGAUGCGCUGCGGCCUUCAGACCUGCGCUGUCCCGGAGACGCCGCGGAGGACGAGGACGAGCAGCGGGCGGCCGGUCCCCGCGCUCCUCCUCGCUCCCCGCACAAAGAGACUGAGAGGGCCACGCCCUGCCCUCCCGCCUGCGUGUGCGUCGGGGAGACGCGGCACAGCGCUUGUGACGGCCGUGGCUUGCAUGCCGUGCCCCGCGGCUUCCCCAACGACACCCAGCUCCUGGACCUGAGGCGCAACCACUUCCCUUCGGUGCCCCGCGCGGCCUUCCCAGGCCUGCGCCACCUAGUGUCUCUGCACCUACAGCACUGCGGCAUCGCUGAGCUGGAGCCAGGAGCCUUGAAGGGUCUGGAGCAUCUGGUCUACCUCUACCUCUCUGACAACCAGCUCUCGGGCCUGAGCGCUGCAGCCCUCCAAGGGGCCCCCCACCUCGCCUACCUGUAUCUGGAGCACAACCGCUUCCUGAGGGUCCCGGGGAAUGCUCUGCAUGCCCUCCCCAGUCUCUUCUCUCUCCACCUCCAGGACAAUGCAGUGGACCGCCUGGCACCUGGUGAUCUGGCGGGAGCACGGGCUUUGCGCUGCCUUUACCUGAGUGGAAAUCACAUCAGCCAGGUUUCAGCUGGGGCGCUGGGUCCAGCUCGGGAGCUGGAGAAGUUGCAUCUUGACAGAAAUCAGCUACGAGAGGUGCCCACAGGAGCCUUGGAGGGGCUACCUGCACUCACAGAGCUGCAGCUCUCAGGGAACCCAUUCAGGGCUCUGCAAGAUGGGGCCUUUCAGCCUGUGGGGAGGUCACUGCAGCAGCUCUUCCUGAAUAACAGUGGCCUGGAGCAGAUUUCUCCCAUGGCCUUCUCAGGCCUGGGAACAGGGCUCCGGAACCUGUACCUGCAGAAGAACCAACUUCAGACUCUACCUGCACUGCGGUGGCUCAGUGGGCUGGAGCUCAUCGACCUCAGUGGUAAUCCCUUCCAUUGCAACUGCCAGCUGCUCCCACUUCACAGGUGGCUCACUGGGCUGAAUCUUCUAGUGGGAGCCACUUGUGCCACCCCUCCCAGUGUCCAUGGCCAGAAAGUGAAGGCUGCAGCUACUGUCUUUGAAGCUUGCCCAGGCUGGACUGCCAGGAAGGCCAAGAGCACAUCAACCUCCAGGUUCAGCGCCAGAAGCCUCAACAGAAGACACUGAGGAGC